GUCUUUUUGAUUAGAAACCACUAGCUUAUCGUUGCGUCUUUAUAAUUAUAACAUUUGAUUUUUGAUGUGUGGAAUUCUGGUCUUUUAUCUCUCGAUUUAUGAAUUAAAUUUAUAAUAAGUAAAUAAAUUAAAUAAAUAAUAAAUAAAUUAAAUAAGCCGUAACAUUAAGAACUUUUCACUUGUAUCGUUUGGAACAGCUGGCUUAUGCAUACAAUAUCAUGUCAAAAAUUGAAACUGCCAUUAAUCUGCUACUCCAAGAGGCAGAAGAUCUGCGAAUUGGGAGCAGCAUUUCGGAGCUAGACCACCUACCUACUGCCUUGGAGUUUUGCCGAGACUACUUUGCCAAAAACUCGCCAGUCAUCAUCCGCAAUGCGCUAUCCUGGCCGGCCAUUGGCAAAUGGACCCCGGACUACCUGAUCAAGAAGCUGAACGACAAGAUCGUGGAUGUGGCCGUCACACCGAAUGGCUAUGCAGAUGGUCUGGCCACUCAGAAGGGGCGAGAGUAUUUUGUGCUGCCACUGGAGAAGCAAAUGAAGCUGUCGGACCUCGUGCAGCGCCUCGAUGAUCCGAUGGGUGCCAUCCACUAUGUUCAGAAGCAAAACUCAAAUUUCAGCCAAGACUUUCCGGAGCUGGGCAGUGAUUUGGUCAUAAGUGACUUGGACUUUGCCCAACAGUCCUUUAAUAAGCCACCAGACGCCGUUAACUUUUGGCUGGGGGACGAGCGCGCCAUCACCUCCAUGCACAAAGAUCCCUAUGAGAAUAUGUACUGUGUGAUAUCGGGAUAUAAGGACUUCAUUCUCAUACCCCCAUAUCAGCUAAGCUGUGUUCCACGCAGCACUUACCCCACAGGCAUCUACAAGACAUCGGAUUCUGGCCAGUUUUAUAUAGAUCCCCUGACAGACGAAGAUGGUGUGGAACUACUAACGGAGUGGGUCAGCAUAGAUCCGCUGGCCCCCGACCUCGCCAAGUAUCCCGAGUAUGCUAGGGCCAAGCCUUUGAGAGUGCGCGUCCAUGCUGGCGAUGUCCUGUACCUGCCCAACUACUGGUUCCAUCAUGUUCGCCAGAACCACAAAUGCAUCGCCGUCAACUUCUGGUACGACUUGGACUACGACAGUCGCUACUGCUACUAUCGCAUGUUGGAGGAGCUAACCAGCCAGAAAAGGAGCCAACCCAAAACUACCUAGAAGCAGGGCCCUGGCAUCUUACGGCCCGCGGACUGCCUGGGAGCAAUACAUCCUCCUCAGGACACCAUGUUGCAUAAAGUCAGUGCUUAUAUAAUUGUUAUAAUGUAAUUUAAAGUAGUUAUACAACUAACUAAAACGCGAAAUGAAAACUAAA